AUGACUUUAGCGACUUGCGCCAAAGACAUAAAGUUCUAUAAAUGGCCAGACAUCUGCUACGUCGGCACCUACGAAUCUCCAGCCGACUGCAUGACCAUCCGCAGCAUAUCCUGGUCCUGCGACGGCAAAGAACUUCUAGCGGUGAAAAGCAAGGGCAACCCUGUCAUCCUAAGUGCCCCGACCAGACCGGAACAGUACGUGGAGGCCUACGACUGCAGCUACGCCAAUAGAGCCACCGUCGCGACUUUCUCCACAGCCGACCCCGAUGUAGUAGCCUUCGGCACCGAGGAAGGAGGAGUGUAUAUUUACAACGUGAAGAGCCCCAGACACCCUGUGGACCACCUCAAACUACCCAGCGCGGUGCAGAACCUAGAGUACACUCUGGAUGACCAGUGCCUGGCUGCUGGUUGCUCUAACGGUCAGAUUAUCCUCUUGGAUGCGCACUACAAACCCUGCGCUAGCUUCGUGGUACCCAACAGCCCCACUUUAUGCACCAUAGCUUGCAGCAAGACCAGCUCUAACCUCCUAGCCGGUGCAAGCAAGGAGGGAGUGCUGUGUUUAUGGGACACCGAAACCACUGACAGUUUGCUCUGCAGCAAGAGGCACUCCGGGCGAAUCACAGACCUGGAUUUCGGCGAUACGACGUUGUCCUCCGUGGGGGCUGACGGUAAAUUCCUCAGCUACGAUUUGAGGAGCUACAAGUGCGUUUGUAACUACGAGCUGGACUGCUCAUUGUCCAGUCUCGCUUACCUGCGCGGUACUCACGAGUUGGCUGUCAGCACUGCGUCGGGACAGUUGAGGAGCUACGAUUCCAGGAACAUGAAGUCGCCGCUAAGGACCUUCGUGGCCAGCGCUAACGGUGGGAUCAAGAAGAUAGCUUUCCCGAACGCCGGAGACUAUCUGUCGAGUUCUGUGCCCGUGCUGAAGUUCAGUAGGAACUACGAGGACGAGUUUUCUGCGUCCGGGGACUUCAGCAUCAAGUCUGACUCGUCGCCGAGGAGGUCGAAUCAGACGGAGCAGAGGAAUUUCGUUGUUGCGAGCGAGGAGAGCUGCGAAGCUGAAACGGAGGUGGUGGAGGAAGGGACUAGCGUGAAGGUUUCCGAGAUGGAGGAGUUUAGCAGAGUGUUGGAGGAGAGGAUCAAGACGGUCACUAAGGAGUUCGAGGAUAAGCUGUUGCAGACUUUUUACGCGCUGAGGAUCAAUACCAGCAAGCAGUUUAUCGGUUUGGAAGAGAAGAUCUCGCACAGCUGGAAUAACUUCGUGGAUUAUCUGAGAUUGUCUGGUGCUGGGACGGUUUGUAAUAGUGGGGGGAAGACGAGCAGGGAGGAAUUUGAAGAAAUAGAGCAAGGUAGCUCCUAUCAGAGAACGCUCGAGGAAUGA